CAGCGACUGAUAAGAUUGAGCUGUUCUUGCUUGCACCUACAUACUUAGGCUGUCUGUCGAUAUCCCCACGAGGACUCGCAUCCUGAUGAUUCACCAAUCAGUCCACUUUUUGCGCAGCAGAGUGGAUGCGGUGGGGCCAGCAUCAGAGCAUAGAUACCCUCAUUCCCGGCGGGGUUGGGGUUGACUUGGCGGAAUGGAAUGCCGCGAUGGAGGCGCCCCUUAUAAGAUUAGAGCCUUGAACCCUAAAUCAAGUGUAGUCCCUCAUCGUUGUAUUUUCACCGGCUGUGUCCGGAUCUCCCUGCAAUGGCUCGUUUUCCCCCAUUCAGUUUGUCCACGCCAUGCCUGUGGGGCCUGAUCGGCUCAGCGGCAGCCCGGCUGGUGUCCACCGGCAUGUCCGUGACGCUCCAAGACAUCGACUAUUUCAUCUCGCCAUAUGCCUCGGGAAACGUGACUGUGCCCUCCGCCUGGCUGUCCCACGUCCCGAGCGUCAACGGGUUUGCCCCCGUGACUGUCGUGCAGGAAGACACGACGGAACUGUCCACGCUAUCGCCGCUCUUCUCCACAUGGUCGACCAAGGACGACGUGUUCACGGAUGCAUUUCUCGACGCCGUGUUCGUCCGCGGUCAGCGCCAGAGUAGCAUUGGCAACGUGACCUCGUUCCGACAGGGCCAGACGAGUGUCGUGCUUCCCCUCGAAUCCAGUGCGGUCCCCUCGGGUCCGUACUUUAUCGAACAGACCACCGGCAAGCUGUAUCCCGUUUAUCGACUGUACAGUGACUUUGCCGGGGCCUUCAACCAGCCCCUGCUGCAGAAGCCCGAUGGGACGUUUCAAACCCUGUCAGCCCAGAUCGCGGGGGUGGCAUCCGCGACCAUUGGCGUGCCCUCGCGGCUCUACUACACGCCCACCGAGGACAAACCGCUGGCCGGCGUCCGUGUGGGCAUCAAGGACAUCUACAGCCUCGCCGGGGUUCGGCAGAGCAACGGCAACCGGGCAUGGUACCAUCUGUACGGCGAGAACAACGUCACCGGCACCGCCGUCUCGCGGAUCAUCGAGGCCGGAGGCAUCAUCGUCGGCCUGCAGAAGCCCUCGCAGUUCGCCAACGGCGAGACCGCCACGGCCGACUGGGUCGACUUCCACGCCCCCUUCAACCCCCGCGGGGACGGUUAUCAGGACCCAUCGUCCUCGUCGUCGGGGGCGGGAGCCUCGAUCGCCUCGUACGACUGGCUCGAUCUAGCCCUGGGCAGCGACACGGGCGGCUCCAUCCGCGGGCCGGCCGAGGUUCAGGGGGUCUUUGGCUCGCGUCCCUCGCACGGCCUCGUGGCGCUCGAUCACGUCAUGUCGCUGUCCCCCGUCCUCGACACGGCGGGCUUUCUCACGCGCGAUCCCUACCUCUGGGACACGGCCAACCAGGCGCUGUACCGCACCAACUACUCCUCUUUCCGCGGCAAGUCUGUCCGCUACCCCAGCACGCUGUACACCCUGAGCUUCCCCACGACGAACGACAGCGCCAGCGACGCGAUGCUGCUGGCGUUCCAGCAGCAGCUGGCAUCGUUCCUCAACACCACCGCCACGCCGGUGAACUUGACGGCGGACUGGACUUCCCACCCACCGGCCGCGGCUCCGUCGGAUGUCACCCUUCCGACUCUGCUGAACCUCACUUAUCCCAUGUUGAUCAGCAAGCAGCAGAUAUCGCUCGUCCGGGAUCCCUUUUAUGCGGACUAUGCAGCCAAACACGAUGGCCGCCUCCCCUUCGUCGACCCCGUCCCCAUCUCGCGCUGGAACUGGUCCAGCGCAUACCCCGACUCCGCCCUGGACGAGGCCAUCACGAACAAAACCAUCUUCAUGGAGUGGAUGACGGAGCACUACCUCGGCCCCGCCGACCACCCGGACCAGUGCUCCUCGUCGCUGAUGGUAUACGUGGGCUCGGCCGGCCCGGAGACGGCGCGCAAUGUCUACCGCUCCCUCCCCGGCGCCCCGCUGGGUUGGAGCAGCAGUCGCAUCUCCAACAUGGCGGAGGUGCCGGACUUUGUCCUCCCCGUUGGCGAGGUCGAGGUAUACAGCAGCAUCACCAAUCAUCUGGAGAAGUUCCCCGUGACGGUGGAUGUCCUCGCGGCGAAGGGCUGUGAUGGCUUGAUUGUGCGGUUGGCGCAGGAUUUGCUGGAAGCGGGGAUAAUUGCGAGGCCGUUGACUGGGGGGACGAUGGCGGGGGGGGAGGUUUUGCUUUAG